AAACUCUUCCGAAUGGGAGAAUAUGAUGCUCAACGAAAGUUUCCUAGACCGAUUUGUGUGCAAUUUGCUGAUAAGGCUCAAAAGGAUCUUGUAAUGAAGCACAUAAAAGUUUUAAAAGAAAAGAAGUCGGACAUUAGAAUUGCCCAACCACAACCAGAGGAUAUACGGGAAAGAAGAAAACAGUUAUAUGAAGUUCAAAGAAAAUAUGCAGAGCGAAAUAUCGAGACGAAAAUGAAGGGGGACAAACUUAUUUUUACUCAGAGUAAUUCAAUCUACAGAGAGAAAGUAGGAUCUCUCCCCACGGCAGACGAGGUGAUUACCAGCGACGCAGUCAAGAUUACCGUUAACCCAGGAAAGUCAAUUGAGGACAAAGGAAACCUGUUUAUGGCACAUUCCACCCAAGUCGAUUCCUAUAAACAGAUCAAACGAUCACUAGAGGAAAUCAUGCAUGUCGAAACCGUACCAAGUGCGAGCCAUAACGUUUAUGCUUACCGUUUCACAAGCAGUGAUGGGAAAAUCCAUGAAGGUUCAAAUGAUGACGGGCAACAUGGGGCAGGACGGCUAUUACUAAAACUGCUAGCUGAAAAUGAAGUUAACAACGUACUGGUGGUUGUGUCUCGAUGGCAUGGAAACAACAUUGGACCCCGUCGGUUCUCCCAUAUUAAAGAAGCAGGCCUCAGUGGGGUAAAAAAUUUACCAACUUCAGUUUGACACCAUGAAAAAUAAACCCAGUGUUAUGUAUGAUUUUA